AUGUCGGGAUACCGAACCAGACUGCAGUUUUGUAUUGCAGCUCUCAUUACAAACGCGGUUUCAUAUUCAUUCCCUCCAAAUGCAAAUCAUAUUUUCAACUCCAUCCACUCCUCUAUGCGACAAUGGGGAUCGUCGUUGAACCAUAAUGGCAUGUCCUUUUUCCUCGCUACGGUGCCGGAAGGGACGCAGCUUUACCACGGUGAUUGGCUCUCAGAUCCCGUCCAAGGGCCUGAAUGGCUGGCUUUUGAAGCCGAACACGCCCUUGUUUUUACUCACCCGUUUCCUCAUAAUCCUCCGCCUGGAGAUGGGGAACCGGGAGGUCCAGGACCUGGAAGACCAGGUCCGCCACCGCCAUUGCAAGACAAAUCGCAGCAGGUCAUGGGGAAGCCGACGCAGGCGGAGGCAGAAGACGGAUACCUGCACACAUAUGUGGCGGCCAGGGAUCUCCGUUUGCUGUACGUCGAUGGUAUGUCUGCCGGCAAGACGGCGAAUGGCACAAUGGAUACCCAGGACCGAAUUCUGUAUCAGGAUAAAUUGAAGGAUGAUAGAGGUGGCAUGUCGAACGAGCGAGAAGGAGCCCAAUUAUUCUGUCGCAUGGUUCAAGACAGGUGGAAUGGACGUUUGGACGGACUGCUUCGCAUGGAAGCAGGUUUUGAGAUCAUCCUAUGUGACUUUUCCAAUCUCGAGGUGCAGCAGGUGGCUCGCGUCCGACCAAGCGGAAACAAGCCAGGUGGUGAUAUUGGGAUGCACGCUGGGCGCAUGUGGCUUCCUGCAGUGGCAUCUCGGUACUGGAACAUUGGUGGAGAUAGGGUGGCCCUAAAUUACGACCACUUUGUGACUGCGUUUGACUACGGGUUGGAUUUGUUUGCGAACGGAAAGAAUGUUCACCCCCGACUGGAACAUAUUCCUGCAGAUGAGUUGGUGCCUAUGCAGCAGGACCUGGAUGCAUUGAUUAUGAACCAUGAUGCUAGCGGGCCAUCAGCUAACUGGCAAGCCGUGGCGGACAUGAUCGUGGAGCGCUACGGGGCCCGAUUACGGUUCCUGGUAUCGGGUCAGGCCUCGACGCUUCAGCAGCUGCAGGAUGAAAUCGAGGACAUGGUUACUCCAUUCAUUGACUAUGACCGACGCAACGCAUCCCUCGAGGUGGAGAGGUGCUCAAAGCAGUUUGUUAGAAGUUCAGUAUCCACCACGACUACCGCAGCCGACGCGGUGCUUUCAGUAUCGCGCACUGUCUGUGGGACGCUACUGGAAGCAUUUAGUUGCACAGAGUACGAUUCCGUCGUCGAUCAUGUCCAGAGUCUUAUGAACUAUCUCGCUUGGACUACAUGGAAAGACUGUAGCGGCUGCGGUGACCACGAAAUUUGCAUGAUCCCCAUGUGGCCGAUGGGCACUGUGGAUGACUAUAAUAAUCCCCAGUGCCGCGACUUUUCACAACCUAACGGUGACGGCCCAAGAUAUUGGGGUCCAGGGAGAGGGCCUCCUCCUCGCAAGGCUAAGCCCGCGCCUCCCCUUGCUCUAUGA